GGCUGCGUUCGUGUCACUCAGCUCGCUCUGCGCUGGUGUUUCGGGUUGCUAUGUGUCAGAUGCUGGGGUGAGGAGACGUUGAAAAUUCAUGUUUUGGUUGGGCCGAGCCUUCAACGGAGCUCGGGAUACAGCAGUCUGAAGGAGUCGAUAUUUUUAUUUUAACGCCCGAAGAGCUUGGUUUUUCAAAAAAAAAAUAUUUAUUUGUGUUUUGUCUUUGUUAAUGGCUCAGCAAUGCAGAGCGGCAGCGUUGAUACAAAUGCUAAUGUACGACUGGUGAGGCAAAUUUUAACUCUUAGUUUAGUCCCAAGAGAAAAUGGCACCUUAUGCUCCAACGAAACGGCGCUGUGUGAAUUUUCAGAGAUGUGGUACGGUGUCUUCCUGUGGGCGGUGGUCUCCUCCCUGGUCAUCCACCUGCCAGCAGGGCUGCUGGCCCUCUUCACGCUCCGACACCACAAGUACGGCAGGUUCAUGCCGGUGUCCAUACUGCUGAUGAGUAUCAUUGGGCCAGUCUUUGGAGGAAGCCUAACCAGUGCCGCGAUUGCCGGGGUAUACAGAGCAGCGGGGAAAGGAAUGAUCUCUUUGGAAGCUCUCAUUCUAGGUGUCGGACAGUCCUUUUGUGUCCUGGUUAUUUCAUUCUUGCGGAUUUUGGCGACGCUAUAGCAUUUGGCCGUGCAAUUACUCGCAAGUGAAGAUACGUCUUAAGAUGUCCAGUGCUAUGAGAACUAAGGGGCUUGCCCUUUUAAAAAGCAUCCAGUGCAAUCGCAUUAGUCCAAUAAGAGGCCUUCUUUCAAAGCCAGAGUGUAGCUUUGUUUUUAAUGACAAAGCUGUGCUGGGCAGCUCAUGAAACCCUCUUUUAGGUUUAGAUUUAUUUAUUUAUUUUUAAUUUUCAGUAAACUGGCAACUAACACCUCUGUUUAAAGGACUGCUUGCACUUUAAAUACAGCCUAUUCAAUCCAAGUCAAUACCUCACUGCCAGCAAGCAUUCCGAAGGGCUUAAUACUGACCAGCCUAACCGUUCCACAAGUAGUGUGUGUUUUUUUUGUGGCACUGCUUAUCAAAUUUGGGAAGGUAUUGCUGUUCUGCAGUAUUGGCCUCAAAGAACUUCAACAUGCAACUAAGAGAACAGCUGAAAAGCGACUUCCGUGUGUCUUGAAGCAGCGGAGACACUUCAGUGGUGACUGUUUGCUAAAGGGAGUUCUGCUAGCAACACAAGCCUUGUGUGCAUUUAUUCUUUGCAGACCUGUAGCUUGACUAGGGCUACAUGGUUCAACGUGUCCCAGCAUGAUAAAGUACACAUUCUCAUUCCUGUUCACAAAAAUAAAUAAAUAAAUAGCAACUUCAGUGCAAAAAAAAAAGAGGGGUAGUCUAAGAGACAGGGCUUCAACUUUUCCCACAGUGACCCCUUUAUAACGCAGUAGUCGGGAGCUAUGGUUAAGAGACCAUGGAAUUUGUGCGCCGUCCACCCGCAGGAGGGUAAGCUACCCUUACCUUGGUUCUCUUCCACUUGUGCUGAUAAUUAAGUAAUAACUUGAAGUCUCACUAAAUGUGACAAGUGGUGUGGACUGGUCCUGGGUUCUACUAAAUAGUCAGCUAUGUGAACAGAAUCAGUCAUUUUAUGUACGGGGUCAGUACAAAUGACAGUGAAUGAGAGAGGUUCCACCUGUCAUGUAUUAUACAUUGCCUUUUUACACAAGACCCCAUUGCUGUCAUAUAGCACUACAACUGGGAGCCUACGGACAAAGUUUCAUGCCUUUCAAGGUUUUCCUGAAAGAGAUAGUGGAAUUAAAUGUUUUGUAAAUGUAUGCAACAUCAAUUCAAAGAAAAGCCUGAUUCUAAAAUAUCUACACUCAGACUUCGUCAGAAUCAAAAUAGUUUUUUUACUUUUUUUAUGCCAGAAGUUUUGGUUGUAAGGGGAGCUGUAACAGCAGGGAAGCCGUGUUCAGCUGAACACCUUUCCUGGUUCCUGCAAACUGGUUACUCUGGUAAAACCAAAUGCAGUCGUUUCCAGUACCUACCCAAUCAAAUGCUAGCUUUAAACACCAAUUAUAUUUGACUAAAUUGGUGUGUGUGUUUAAUUUAUGGCAAUCAAAAUCAAACGUAGCUGUUGAUCAAGAAACACACUGUUCUUGUUGAUCCCUUCUUUCUGAUAGAAGACGGAGACUUCCUUUAAAUGCAUUUAAUGGAAAGGCUUUGUGACGAUCGUAAUGUUAUGUUGCUGUGUAAUUCCGACACUGCAUGACCUGGUACCUAAGCUGAAGAACAUGCCUGUUAAUAGUGAAUCCUUGAGACGAAGAAUCGUGUUAAACUGUAAAUCUGGUUCAAAUGAAGCUACUUUGUCUUUAACUUUUACAAUUGCAGAAGGGUCCAUAUGAUUCCUAAAAUGCAACUGGGAACAUUGUUUAAUGCAUGGGAGAUACACUGGGCACAUUGUUUAAUUGCAGGUGCACAAAUCUAACCGACAUCCACCCUUAGGGGGUGAAUCUGUGUUCGCUCGUGGACCAAAAAAAAUAAAUAAACCUGGCAUGAUUAUUGCAUUGUGCUUCAGUGACCAGAGAACAAUAAGCCAUCAUUGGAGUAACACAAGAUGAAAAACUAGUUUUUAAAAAAUAAAAAUCUGUGCUGAACAUUUAAGAGUCAGCCUCUUAGGCUGUUGGAGGCAGUGUGCUAACAAGCCAGUUUGUUUCUGAAGGGACCAUGUUGCAGUGCCCAUAUUCUUUUAUGCUCUAAUUUGCAGUGGCCUGCUUUUUUAAUAUAGUGAAGAAAUUCUGUAUUUUAACACUGUUGUGAUAUGCAUGACAAGGGGGGGGGGGUGUAUGACAGAUUAUUUUGUAUUUUAACAGACUAAGUGCCAAUUGUUUCUGUUAACAUUUAUUAAAUUAUUACAUUUAUUAAAUAACAUUUGAAUAAUAA